AUGGGUUACAAAACUUCUUACGAUAGAUAUGAAAUCAAUGCUGACAUGGGUGAAGGAUUUGGUCGUUGGACCGUCGCUCCAGAUGAAGAAAUUAUGAAAGUCAUCGAUGUUGCAAAUGUUGCAUGUGGAUUCCAUGCUGGAGAUUAUACUAUCAUGAAGAAGACUGUUCAAUUAGCCAAAAAGUAUGGUGUUAGAAUUGCAGCCCAUCCAGGUUUACCAGAUUUACAAGGUUUCGGUAGAAGAGCUAUGGAUAUUUCACCUGAGGAAAUCUACAAUUUAAUUAUUUACCAAGUUGGAGCUUUAAGAGAAAUAUGUAGAAUUGAAGGAGUAGAAAUAGAAAGUUUAGGUCCUCAUGGUCAACUUUAUUUCGCUGCCAGAACUAAUGAUAAAGUUCUUGAUGCUGUUUGCCAAGCUGCCAGAGAUUUAAACUUACCAAUUACUGGGACCAGAUCUGAAAAAUUUAAAAAGAAAUACGAAGAAAGAGGUGUUGCUUUAUUAGAGAAGUUCUUUGCUGAUAUUGAUUGGGAUGCCGAUACUGGAAACUUAGCCCACUUUUCAAAUUGGACCAAGAAAACUCCUGAACAAAUCGCUGCUAGAUUCACUCAAGCGGUUGAAGAAGAUAAAGUGGAAUGUUAUGAUGGAAGAUUUCAUACUUUAGAAUUCAACGGUAAACCAUUCUCUCUUGGUAUCCAUUCCGAUUUCCCAGGAUCCCUCGAAAACAUCAAAGCUGCUAGAAUAGCAGUUGAUGCUAUGAAUAAAAAAUACGGUUUGUAA